AUGAAUUACUACUACUACCAGCCACAACAGAUGAUGCAGAUGAUCCCCAUCCAAUAUGCUGCUCCAAAGGGCACAGAUAACUUCAGGACAUCAAUCAUUUAUCUAGUUGAUACUCUUGAAAGAGAACCAAAGCAGAACUACACAAUAACACAGUUAUGUAACCGUUUUGGAUUCCAAAGAAGACGUUUUUAUGAUGUAGUUAAUGUUCUAGAGUCUGCUGGAUGUUGCCAGAAGACAAACGUUGACUGUUUCACCUGGCUUGGAUUGAAAAACGUGAAGAAUCAUCUCCAGAAUCUUAAUGAUGAAGUCAACCAGAAAUUUGCCGGUGCAGAUCUUAAUGAAAUUUUCUACACAGGAGAUUCCGUCACUAUUUCGAAUCUAACACUUCAAUUCCUCUUAUCCUUUAUUGCUUUCAAUCGUCCAAAUUUGGAUAUCAAGCAGAUAAGUAACUUCCUUUCCAGGAAUAAUAAUAGAUUCAAAACCACACUCUGCAAGCUUUAUCAGAUCUCUCAUAUCCUUGAAGUUGUUGGAAUUAUCUCAAAGACAAUGGUCCCAGGAGAAGUUCUUCUUAAAGAAGGCUUCUUCCCACAGAUCAAAGUCAAGGAAUCUCAUGAUCAAUUAGACCUCGGAUCUUUACUUAGCAGACCAGUUGAAAAUUUGGGAUCCCAUAUCUUUUCCGAAAGAUGGAGCGUUUUUAAUAAGGUUCAGGAGUUAAAUUUUACUAGAGCUCCAAUUCUAAUGUAUCCCUCACUGGUAACUGUUUAA